CAUUAUUGUUGUAGCCUUAAUCGAUUAGGUAUCACUUUGCAUAAAAACCACUUACGCAAUUUUGCCCUUAAAAAACUAGGGCAAUUAUGUAUUUAUCUACCAGACAAAUAUUUACGUUUGAUGUUUGAGUGAAAUCCGCCAGUAUCCUUGGAAUACGCAAAAAGUUUAAACUCCGUUGAAACGCGCGCGUUGCAGACGCAAGAUUGCGCCGCCAGCGUUCGUUUUUAAAUUAUCACCUUAUUCGUAAAUCAACAAUUUUUAUCUGACACGAGAUUAGUACAAAAUAAUUAAUUUACCACAACCGUACAGUAUCAGUUCGUGUGUUAGCUAACAGUAUGAAAACAUCGCUCGUUCUCGUAUGACGAUUACGUAUUAGAAGCACAAUAGUUUUUCGCGCAAAGUGCAGCUUGCACAAAAAGUUAUGUUUGCACUUUGUGAACUGUGAAAAGUGUCGAGUUUUGUUAAGUGCACAAAAAUGACUGUAAGUGAGAAGAUGACUAAAGGUGACCAAAAUGGUCCCACGGAGAAUGGAAACGGUGCCAAGGCGGUCCAACUCAAGAGAGAGAUGGGACUCUUCUCCGCUGUCAACAUGAUUUUGGGAGUUAUAAUCGGAUCGGGAAUUUUUGUAUCGUCCGCAUCAGCUCUAAACCAUGCCGGUUCGGUUGGAAUGUGCAUAAUCGUAUGGAUUGUGUGCGGAAUAAUAUCUCUACUGGGCGCCCUGACAUUCGCAGAGUUGGGCACGGUUGUACCAAGAUCGGGUGCCGAGUACGCGUUCUAUAUGGACUCCUUUGGUCCGCUGCAUCCAUUUUGGGGCAAACUACCCGCGUUCCUGUGCUCAUGGGUCUACGUAAUUGCGUUACGACCCGCCGAAGUGGCUGUGAUAACGUUAACGUUCGCCGAGUACGCCUGCCAGCCGCUGUUCGAUUAUCUUGGAAUGUUUCAAAAGUCUGACAAAGAUAAUGUGGCAAAACUCAUAUCUAUUGUAGUAUUAGGUAUUAUUACGUUUAUUAACGUAACCAGUGUGAAAUUGUAUGUAAAAAUACAGAAUAUUUUUAGUUCCUUUAAGGUGAUUGCAUGUAUUGUUGUCAUAUUGGGCGGUGUUUACCAAUGGUGUAUAGGAAAUUUUGAUAAUCUUAAUACUGGUUUUGAAGGUACCAAGUAUUCUGCCAAAGACAUAGCUUUAGCAUUUUACAGUGGACUAUGGGCCUAUGACGGAUGGAAUGCCGUUACAACCGUGACUGAGGAAUUGAAAGAUCCCGAAAAAAACAUCCUCCGGAGCAUCUGCAUCAGCGUACCGAUAGUCACGUUCCUGUACGUCUUCGUCAACGUCGCCUACAUGACCGCCUUGAGUGUACCGGAAAUGGUAGAUGCGCCGGCGGUGGCCGUCGCUUUCGGCGAGAAGGCUUUGGGUCCGGUGCAGUUCCUCAUACCUGUAGGUGUAGCUUGCGCAACUUUCGGCUGUGCCUUGAGUAUUCAAUUUAGCGUUACCAGAAUAUGUUUUGUUUCAGGCCAAGACGGCCACAUGAUAGAGUGCUUGUCGUACGUCCACUACAAGCGGCUAACGCCGGUACCUGCCGUAGUCAUGCAGGGUAUCCUGUCGUUUUUGUAUAUAAUUGUGGGAAACAUCAACGAGCUGAUUGAGUUUGCCAGUUUCUUAAUUUGGGUCGGAUACGGAACCGCCAUGUUUUCACUUCUAAUAUUGAGGAAAACGCAGCCAAACGCUCCUCGACCUUACAGAGUACCAAUCUGGAUAGUUAUCUUCAUCAUGUUAGUGGCGGUAUUUCUGGCUGUGAUACCCAUGGUCACAGAUCCAAGCGUUAAGUAUCUCUUCGCAAUCGGUUUUAUGUUGUUGGGUGCAUUCGUCUAUUACGGAUUUGUCUACAGAAAGAAUCGCCCAAGGAUAAUGGAUAAAAUUACCUAUGCCGUGCAAGUUUUAUUCGAAGUCGUGCCGGUAGACUCGCACGAAGAUUAAGUGCCUCGAAAACUACUUAUGAAUUUCUCCAACGGUGCAAAAAGACUGGAAAUGUCCUUGUGAACCGAAGUGUACAUUAAAUUAAUGUGUUCAUUACCAGCUGCCUCUAGUCAUUGUGAUUAAAAGACUCUUGAUAAUAAAUUUUUGUAACUUA